UACUAUCUUGUGUGGAUUCUGUGCUCCGUAUCGCCUCCUACCAGGCCUUUUUAGCUCUUCAUCAGGUUACAAAUUUUUUACCUUGCUUCUUCAGCUUGGCUCAGUCUACUUAUGUUUCAGAUUAUCUUGCAAUAAUUGGAUGCUGUUUUUGGCUAAGUUAGAAGCCCUGUGCAGGUUGGCUCAGGCUUCUUAUGUUUCAGGCUGAAGAGGCAUUCCAGCGAGAAGAUCUAUCGGUGCAUAUUGGUUGUUUGACAACCAGAAUGUAAUGGCAAGAAAUUACCCUUUGCACAGUGUGGCAUGUGCGGAUGUGCCAUGGCACAUCAGGUGCAUUUAGAAAGACUGUAGAUGGGAAGUGGGUUCAUGCUUUCUGUGCUGAGUGGUUGUUGGACACCAAGUAUGUAAGGGGACAAGAUAAACCUGUAGAAGGAACGGAAACCCUUGUAGAGGGAAAGGACACUUGUGUCUGCCUCCACAAUGUUGGCGGGUGCUUAAGGUGUAGCAGUGGGGAUUGCAACAUUACUUUCCAUCCUACUUGCGCUAGAAGUUGUGGUUUUUACAUGAACACAAAAGGGUUUGGUACUACACCACAACACAAAGCAUACUGUGGCAAACACAGCGUACAACAGAAAGAGGCUGAUGCACAACAAUAUGGACCUGAGGAGCUCACGAGCAUGAAACGAAUGAGGAUUAGCAUGCCAGAUUUACAUUAUAUUGUUUCCCUGUGUUUGGUAGCAUAAGAAUGUUUGCACAAUUACUAGAAAUUUAAUGCAAAUAUUUUUAUAGAAUAUUUCAAAUGCUCGAAGCAUUUGGACAUCUACA